CUCGGGACCGGCUCCGGCAUCCACCAUCCGGGUGUCAACGUGACGGAUGCGGUCACAAUGUGGCUGCGAGCGGGCGGCGCCGCCAUCGACACCGCCUACGACUACGGCACGCAGCGGCUCAUCGCCAAGGGCGUCGCCGCGGCGGGUCCCGCCACCACCGCGCCCUUCCUCACCACCAAGGUUCCCAGCAGCAGCUACGAGAAGGCUGCCGCCCACAUCGACGCCGACCUCUCAGAGCUAGGCGUGGCGGCGGUAGACCUUCUGCUCAUCCACUUUCCGUCGCUUCGCAUGGAGAGCACGUACGACACGUGGCGGGCGCUGGAGGACGCCUACCUGGCGGGAAAGGCGCGCGCGAUCGGCGUCUCCAACUUUCAGGCCAAGCACUUUGAGGCGAUGCGCGUGCGCAAGCCGCGCGUCUGGCCGCCCGCCCUGAACCAGGGCUCCCUCUCGGUCGGGUACCGCGACGAGGCCACCCUCGCGUACUGCAGCCGGGCGGGGAUCGGCUACAUGGCCUACUCGCCCCUCUGCGGCGGGCCGAACGGCUCCUCCUGCCGACACGGCUCGGUCCUGGCGAUCCCCGAGGUCAAGGCGGUGGCGGCGGCGCACGGCGUCUCGGCCGCGCAGGUGGCGCUCAAGUGGAUCGUGCAG